CUAGCCGACCCGGACGUCCUUAUCGAGCUCCCUCAGCCCAUAUAAACCUUUGAUCCAGUCAGCCUCCCACAUAGAGCUCUCCUCUUCCCUCUGACUCGGUCGUCGACGUCCACGACCACAUAGCUUGAUCCUGCCUCCCACCACCCCCUAUUUACUCACCAUGGGCAUGCGUUACCGCCAGUAUCUUGCCGGAGCGCGCAUUUACGGCUGCUCGACGUGCAAGACACACUUGGCGACGAUCCACUCAAUGAUUUCUAGGGCGUUCAAUGGGCAGCAUGGCCGGGCGUACUUGUUCGAUGGAGUGGUCAAUGUCAUCGAAGGAGAGCCCAACGAUCGCCCAAUGACCACUGGUAAUCACACUGUUCGAGAUAUCUACUGCUGCAAGUGCGGGACGACGUUGGGGUGGAAAUAUGACUAUGCAUACGAAGCCUCACAGAAGUACAAGGAGGGCAAAUUUCUCCUUGAACGUAAUCUCCUCACCGACGUGCAGUAGUUCCCCGCGACGUGGAGCGGCACUUAUGUGCCACUCGCAUCAUGGGGAAGGGGGCCCAGGCCUUGACAACCCGACGGCCGAGCGCCCGCACUACACCAACCGGCACAUCAUUUGGGUUUCGUCCCGACAUCGUCCUGAAAGACGACAUCACUAACCACUCCCAUGCGCGAUGCGCGGGGUUGUACACUCUCUUCGAGGGACCAGAGGCAUAACGGUGGACCUGGUCCUGAUGCACAACGGGCGGCGUCAUGUGUUCCCCCGAUUAGGCAGCGAUCAAUCGACCACGGCUAGCCCUCGUGCAGCAUUUAGAGCGGUCUUUGGAGCCUGUCCCUCUCAUUCUUCCGUUGAAUAAAGCAUCACCCGGUUUCCGUCCCCGGUUAGGCUUGCCCUUCCUACGCCUUUCAUCGGAGCAUUCCGCUUCCAAUGGACUUGUAAAUGUACUAAGUACAAAGAUCCCUUCCGUAUUUGAUAUUAAGCAAGGUUACGCCUUUGCAGUCAAGGCGGAUACGUCAUGAUGCAUGUACACCGGCGUUGGAACCUUGUGGAUUGAUCUCAAGUGCCACUUACUAUAUAAUAUGUACCUCCACCGCACAAUAUU